UAUAUAAAUGGAGGCCACUGGGCAUUCACAGUCCCAAGUUCUGCUAGUGCUUCAUCACCAGCUGCCCUCAGCCCAAACCAGCCUGCAGCCAUGUCAUUCAGUGGAACCUGGAAAGUCGACCGCAGUGAGAACUAUGACAAGUUCAUGGAGCAAAUGGGUAUUAAUGUCAUGAAGCGCAAGCUGGCGGAACAUGACAACCUGAAGGUCACCAUCGAGCAGACCGGGGACAAGUUUCACAUCAAAGAGUCCAGCACCUUCCGCACCAAGGACAUCGACUUCACCCUGGGCGUCGCUUUCGACUACAGCCUGGCUGAUGGCACUGAAGUGUCAGGUACGUGGGAGAUGGAGGGUGACAUGCUAAAGGGCAAAUUCACCAGGAAAGACAACAACAAGGUCCUGACCACCACGAGAGCUCUGGUGGGAGGAGAGCUCGUACAGAGUUACAACUACGAGGGAGUGGAUGCUAAGAGGAUUUUCAAGAAGCAGUAACCUGGAGUCUGAAGUUCAUAUUUUAUUUUUAUAUAGAUGACAUGAUAUAGAUCUGUGUGUGUGUGGUUUUUUUUUUUCUAAAAAUAAGUCAUGGCAAAGUCAAGUUUAUUCUCAUGGGAUUCUACUAAAUAUACCUCAAAAGUUUGGCAAUUUUCAGAGUUUCACUGCUACAAUAUAAUUGAAACAAAUGUGUGGAGACCCAAAGUGUGGACCCUAACUCAGCAACAGCAAACAGAUCCAGCUAAAGAAGUUUUCAUCUUCAUUCAAAAUGAAGGCCAAACCAACACCUGCACACUACCCUCAUUAAAUACCUGAGAACUAACAGCUAUCUGAAUAAAUCAGGGGAUUAAUUUGAACAGAAAAACUCAGCGAGCAUGAAAAUGAAAGGGCAGAAUAGUUAGAGUAUAACAGUCGUUGCCAUCCACUCCAAGUGCCUUUAAAUAAUCCAAAAAAGAAAAAAAGAAAAAAACAGCAUCCAAGGAAUGGCCAAACGCUAAUUAAAGGUUGACCCAAAUUUCAAAAACAUAUUUCCUGACUUGCCUCUGGUGGUAACUAGCCAUGCAAAUAGUUUUGGAUUUAUUUGUCCAGAUGUUGAGAUUUUCUCUAAGAUUUCUAUUUCCAUCCUGCACUGGAGGAGAAGAAGUAUUUCAUCUGUGUUUCCCACAGCAUUGAAAAAUGUCAUUUCACUGAGUUCAACCGUUGCAUGUCUUUCCAGAAACAAUGUCCCCAUUGCUCUGGCUAGCCCACAGAGCGUGUGUUUGUGGAUUAUCCAAUGUAACGGGUGCAUUGUUUCUAGAAAUAUUUGGGGCUGUUUAAUUAUUUAAAUGUCAUUUUUCACUGUUGUGAGUGAUGCCAAUGGAAAUUCUUCCACCUCCAAUGAAUGACUCAAAAUGUGGGCAAAAAUAGAGUAGGAUAUCUGCAUGAUUAGAUACAACUAGAGGUAAGUGAGACACUAUGUUUUCUGUAAUUCGGGUGAACUGGCCCUUUAAAUGAUGUGCCACAGCUUACUUUAACUUGAAAGCAUUUGUUCUUCACCUUUGUGAUGGGAAACAGCCUAAAGCAGCACAAUAACAACCACAUACAAUAUUAUAUGUAUAAUAUGUUUUUUUUUGUGUCUUUAACCAGCUGGGAAACAAGUCAAUUUGCACUAACGGUUCUUAUAUACAGGGUUAUACUGUCUGUAACAUAAAGUCAUUUUCAUGUGUCA